AACCACGCCCGCAUCUUAACACACUCUUGACGUUCAGGACAUAAAAUAUGGGCUUCUUUUCUGACCUGUCCAACUUUUUCUACGAUGCUGGAACUGUGUCUUGGGAUGUUAUCCUCACGCUCCUCAACCUCGUAGAGAGGAAGCGUCGCAUCGGCAAUGUCACCCCCGAGGGCUACCCAGGCUACGGAGGGCACUGGCCCGAGUUUAGGCCUCCCCAGGAGACCGACUCCCGCUGCUCCUGCCCCGGACUCAAUGCGCUAGCCAACCAUGGCAUCAUCUCGCGCACUGGCCGUGGCAUAUCAUUUGUCGACCUUGAUCGCCAUGUCGCAGGAACCUACAACAUCAGUUCUACCUUGUCCUCAUUUGUAGCACAUUAUGCUGCUCGCAUGCUCAAGAGAAACUUCGGCAAUGAUACCCUUGAUUUAGAAGAACUUGACGCUCACAAUGCUAUUGAACAUGACGCAUCUCUCUUACGUCUUGAUGCUGCCUUCGAACCAAAUCAAUCGACAAAGCACGUACCUUACAUCGAGGAGCUACUUGCGGCAGCUUCCAGUAAGGACAAGGACGGCAACGAUGUCGUUAUAGUCAAGGAUCUCUCUAAGUUGCUCGGCAAGCGUCGUGCAGUGUCGCGUGCAGUGAACAAGGAAUUCACGCUUAAAACUUUCCACAAGUUAUUUGGUUGCGCAAAUGCCUCGCUGUUACUUUCAACCAUGGGAGGUCGCGUAGAGGACCUGCGCAGCUUUCUUCUUCAUGAACAACUUCCAGAGGGCUGGGAGUCGCGCGUUCGCCAAUCUCACGGACUGACCCUGGUAAACUUCAACAAGCUUGCACUGAUGAUCGAGUCCGGUGUGCGCGAGAAGGAUUGGGCGCAAGUGGCACAGGAGGCUGCAGAACACCAUGGCACUGUUCCUGUCUAAACUGACUCCAAAGCGACUACUCGGAUACUGAUGCUCGCCUGAAUGUCACGAUGUGCUCUCAUUUCAUGACUUAUGCCACCUAUGUAUUACUGACGACGAUCGAUUACGACUUUUCAUUACCUAUUGUCCAUUGGACACACAUUAUUAUACUUACUCGUUUCACUCGUUCUUGAUUGUGACACAAAUUAUGCGUUUCGAUGAUACAUACCACCGAAUUAUAAAAGUAUUCAAGAAGGAAUCCAACUUGCCUUGUAGCUGUGUGCAUUUACACUAGCUUGAGGCCUUGGACAGGGAAACCUGUCUAUGAGGCUAGCUGCCGACAGCACCUUGCAGUAGCCACCGUAGAC